AUGACCUCUCAGACUGAUAUACCGGAGGGUCUCACUGAUGAUGAGAUAAAUCUCAUCUUUCAAGCCCUUGACGCUGCGUUAAAUUCAAAUAUACUUGAAUUUCUAUUACAUGGCAUAUACACUGGUGUUCUUGCUGUUACCCUGUGGACCAACUACAUGAACAAAUCUCGACCUAUCAGAAACAUUAUGAUCAUUGUCAUCGUUCUCAUCUACACCCUGACUUCCAUUGAGUUCGCUUUGGACUGGUCAUUUGUGCAUUCUGCAUUCAUCACCGUGACUAGUGGACAAAACUUUUGGACUGUGUAUCUUAAGCUCACCUAUGACAGGGAUAAAGUAGUUUUGAGCAUAGGAAUCACAGGAAUCCUCUGUACCAUCCUUGCAGAUUCUAUCAUGAUCUGGCGUUGUUGGGUGAUCUGGGGCCGGAACUGGCUCAUUGUUCUCCUUCCUACUCUUUGCUUAGUCUCUAGUAUCGGCCCAGCAUUCAAAAGCUUCGACACAUACAUACUGUUCACUGACAGAAACCCACUUGACCUACUCUACCCAGUACUUUAUGCAUCGUUCACUCUCGUUACCACAACAUGGUGCACACUAGGCAUCGUCUACCGUAUCUUGUCUGUCGGUGGUAGACUCAGAGCUUACCACGGCGCUAUCGAAAUCUUGGUCAAAUCCUCUACCCUUUAUUCCGUCGCGUUGAUCCUAUACGUGGCUGUCUUUGCUCACAACGAUUGGGCGGAGGAUUACCUUGAUUCUGUAGCCACGGUUUCACAGGGAAUUGCACCGACACUUAUUGCUGGGCGAGUUGCAGCGGGACACGCUCGCCCAGAUGACUCCUGGGUGGGAAGCGUGAUGUCUUCCCUUCGCUUUGGGUCGGUGGGAAAUCUGAUCCCAACAAGCUCUCAGGGAAGUGUCAUAAUCAAUGAUGACCUCAAAGCUCAGCUUGAGAGCAAAGACCACACUCAGACGCAUUUUGGGGGAGAUACGGCACUAAGUGUCAUGGAGGACGAUGAUUUGGAACCUGAGGCCCAACCAGAGAGAGUACCCUGA